AUUAUGUUGACAGCAGUAUCCAGUACAUGGCUCUCUUCAUUUCAAUCACAGUCUGCAGCAUCAUCCUUGGUCUCAUCCUUGUCUUCUGCUACUUCAGAUAUAAGCGGCAAGAGUCACGACCACGCUACAGUAUCGAUCUGGAGCAGGAGGAGACCUACAUCCCUCCUGGGGAGUCCCUGAAGGAUCUGAUAGAGCAUUCCCGCAGCAUCGGGUCUGGCUCUGGGUCAGGACUCCCUCUACUGGUUCAGCGCACCAUUGCAAAGCAGAUCCACAUGGUGAAGCAGAUUGGGAAAGGCCGAUACGGAGAGGUGUGGAUGGGCAAGUGGAGAGGAGAGAGAGUGGCUGUUAAAGUUUUCUUCACCACAGAGGAAGAGAGUUGGUUCAGAGAGACUGAAAUAUAUCAGACCUUCCUGAUGAGACAUGACAAUAUACUGGGGUUCAUAGCGGCAGAUAUUAAAGGAACUGGCUCAUGGACUCAGCUCUACCUAAUUACAGACUACCACGAGAAUGGAUCUUUAUACGACUACCUCAAGUCCAACACCUUAGAUGUCAAGGCUCUCCUGAAACUGGCGUACUCGUCCAUAUCAGGCCUCUGUCAUCUGCACACUGAGAUUUACGGCACACAGGGCAAACCGGCCAUCGCACACAGAGACCUGAAGAGUAAAAAUAUCUUGGUAAAAAAGAACGGAUUCUGCUGUAUAGCAGACCUCGGACUGGCUGUCAAAUUUAACAGUGACACCAAUGAGGUGGAUAUCCCUCCCAACCUGCGAGUAGGUACCAAGCGUUACAUGCCACCUGAAGUGCUGGAAGAGACCCUGAACAGGACCUACUUCCAGUCUUUUAUAAUGGCUGACAUGUACAGUUUUGGCCUCAUCCUUUGGGAAAUGGCACGACGUUGCAUCUCCGGAGGUAUUGUGGAGGAAUAUCAGCUGCCCUAUCAUGACCUUGUACCCACUGAUCCGUCCUAUGAGGACAUGAGAGAAGUAGUCUGCAUUAAGAAACAAAGACCUUCAUUUGCUAAUCGCUGGAGCAGUGAUGAG